CCCUUCCCCUUCGGCGCGGGCGCGCGCCCUCUUCCCUCACCUUCCCUCGACUGAGGAAUUUUCUCCUGAGGCUACGUCUGGGGCUCCCUUUCCCGGCCCGGCCUUCCCCCGGGCUGGGAGCCCGGCUCUGCGACGGAAUUUGUGGCGUUUCCCUCCCUUGAGCUGGCGGGUAACCGCCCGAGGGCUGGUACAGAAUGAGUACAUGUCGCUGGUGUACACCAGGUGGUGAGUCUACUGUUGACUUCCUAAAGAGCUAUGCUUUUGGAACACUUCCCUGUGAAGUUCUCACAGCUAAUGAGGACCUCUGUUACUGCUUGGAGUGUGUGGCUGAAUACCACAAAGCAAGAGAUAAACUGCCUUCGUUGCAUGAGAUAUUAUGGAAAUUUGAAACCACUCGUCUCAUAAAUCAUUUUGAAAAAUCUAUGAAAGGCGAAAUUGAGGAAGAUGACGAAUUAUUUAUAGUCGAUGACAAUGGUGAAACACAACUGUUUGGUUUCACUGGCCAAGACUUCGAAAACAAGCUUCGAGUUCCUCUUCUUGAAGUACUGAAGUAUCCUUAUCUGCUCUUAGAUGAGCAUGUCAAUGAAUUAUGUGUUGAAGCACUUUGUAGGAUGGAGCAAGCUAACUGCUCCUUUCAGGUAUUUGACAAACAUCCAGGGAUCUAUUUGUUCUUGGUACAUCCCAAUGAAAUGGUUCGACGAUGGGCUAUUCUAACAGCCAGAAACUUGGGCAAGGUAGACAGAGAUGAUUACUAUGAUUUACAGGAAGUAUUGACUUGCUUGUUUAGAGUUAUUGAGUUGGGGCUUUUAGAAAGUCCAGAUAUUUACACUUCUUCAGAAUUCGAGAAGGGUAAACUUGUCCUUCUGCCAUCUCACAUGUAUGACACAAACAACUACAAAAACUACUGGUUAGGAAUCUGUAUGUUGCUAACUAUUCUUGAGGAGCAAGCAAUGGAUUCUUUGUUGCUGGGCUCAGACAAGCAAAAUGAUUUUAUGCAAUCAAUACUUCACACCAUGGAAAAGCAAUCAGAUGAGGAUAGUGUAGAUCCUUUCUGGCCAGCAUUGCAUUGCUUCAUGGUGAUUCUGGAUCGCCUUGGCUCAAAAGUCUGGGGUCAACUUAUUGAUCCCAUUGAAGCAUUCCAGACCAUUAUUAAUAAUGUGAGCUACAACAAAGAAAUUCAAAAUAUACGCAAUAGUUCCACAAGGACGAAGUUAGAGCCUGAGUCAGAUUUGGAGGAAAUGGUGACUUGCAGCCAGAUUGUGUACAAUUAUAAUCCUGAAAAGACCAAAAAGGAUUCAGGAUGGAGAUCAGCUAUUUGCCCUGAUUACUGCCCUAACAUGUAUGAAGAAAUGGAAACAUUAGCCAGCGUGCUUCAGUCUGAUAUUGGACAAGACAUGCGUGUUCAUAACAGCACAUUUCUUUGGUUUAUACCUUUUGUUCAGUCCCUCAUGGAUCUCAAGGAUUUGGGUGUAGCUUACAUAGUAGAGGUUAUUCAUCAUCUAUAUUCAGAAGUCAAAGAUGUCCUCAACCAAAAAGUAGCAGUAUGUGACACGGUCACCGAGUUUUUCCUUCUGAUACUGGUGUCAGUAAUUGAACUGCAUAGAAAUAAGAACUGUUUGCAUUUGCUAUGGGUUAGUUCUCAGCAGUGGGUAGAAGCAGUAGUGAAAUGUGCUAAACUUCCUACCAUAGCAUUUGCACGGAGUGCUGAAAAGACAUCUGGAAGCUACUCCAAAGGGGCAACUGUAAUAUCUUCUUUGCCUUUGCACUCAAUUCCAUCUAAUUCUGUACAGCUUGCUUGUGUGCAGCUGAUCCGAAGUCUUCUUAGAGAAGGUUGCCAGCUUGGACAGCAGACUCUUUGUAAACAGUUCUUAGACAAACUCAACUUGCUUCUGAGGGGAAAUUUGUCCCUUGGUUGGCAUUUAAAUAGUCAGGAGACCCUAGAAUUACAAACAUGUUUGAAACAAAUCAUUAAAAGCAAAAAAGUCAAAGGACUACCAUGUAGCACUUUUGUGGAUAGGGCCAUAGCAUGUAAAACCCCCCCUGCAAUUUACAUUAAAGAAGAAAGUGAUGCAACUAUGGAGAAAUCAAAAAAGGAUACAUAUUCUCAGGACAGUUCUAGUCCACCAUUUUCUAAAGAACCGCUGAGAGCUGAUGUCUAUCAAGGACAAGACAGUCCAUCUCUAAGAAGAAAUUAUAGUUGGGAGGAGGAAAAUAAGCAAACAUACUUAAAGGAGUCAAAACUAGAUGACCAUUUUUCAACUAAAUCGUGCUUAAGGCAGGAAAAAAACCCUGAUGCUAACAGAUCUCAUAAUCAUGAAAUUUUAGAUAAUGUAGAAAAACAGAAGUGUACUGAAGAGAACAACUCCACAAAUAUACAACAGAAUUUGACUUCAAAAAAUAAUGCAGUGGAAGGAGGAUAUGACAGAACAACAAAUAUUCAGACAUGUUUGAUGACAACUGACUCUAGAUCUGAUUCUCCCCAAAAUGUAUCAAGCUCAAGUGAUGAUUCCCAUUCAAAGAAUGAUUCUGGCUUUAGGAACUCAAAGUUUAGGACUAAAGCACAGAAAGAUGAAUUAUGUGCAAAAUUAUUACAGGUAAUGAAGGAACACAAAAAAACCACCAUGGUCACCAGUGUUAGCAAUUUAGAAUCAAAGCAGAGUUCAUCCAAUUUGGGAAGUCAUAAUCCAUGCAAAGAUGUGGAUGUUCAGAAAGGGUUUGCCUUAAUACAGAAAGCACAGACAGAGCCUUGUAUUACUCCAAAGGAAACAACAAAUGAAGAGCAAGAAUCAAGAAAUGAUGAUUCAUUGGUUGAAAAGAAAAAAUCAAAUGAUAGACAGCUAGAUCCCUUAACAUUUCAUAAAAAAGAUGACCUACCACAGGAAAGUGAUAGUGAUGAAGAUGAUGAUGAUAUGGUUUCACUUAAAACAAUUAGAAAUACCUUACUGAAGAAGAAAUGUCAGCUUUUACAUCACACAGAUAGGCAUGAAUCAAAGGACAGUAAUUGUGAGGAAAUUAAUAAUGAUAAUGAUCAUGUUCCACAUAAUUUGGCAAGAGAAGAAGUGCCUCCUCAGAACCUUAAAUUUAGCACCUUAACAGAUUCUGAUAAAGACAAAGACCUUGACAGACCCUCUUUCAUAGUCCAUACUAAUGUUCUUAAUUUUCCUUCAGAUUCAACUCCAGAAAGUUCUUACCAGCUACAGAGAAAAGUGAAAAAUGUUAUGAGACUGUCUGAAGUUAACCAAGUUAAUGAAUUAACCUCUGUUGUGGAGACCACCAGAAAUCAAAUUAUAAUCAUUUCAGAUGAUGAUGAUGAUGAUGAUGAUGGUGGUGAUGAAAGAUCACCAAAUCUUCAGAAACAAAUUAAAACAGAUAAAAUAGGCAUUAAGAGAGAAUUUCCAGAAGAGAAUCCUUCAACUUCUAAUGCCAUUUUGGAAAAGAAACUAGAAAAAGAAGAGAAAACAAAAUCCCCUUUGCUUGAUGAGGAAUCUGAUUCACAGUUUUUUGAAUUUGAAACUCCAUAUGAAGUAUUUUCUGUUUGGCAAAAUUCUGAACCAGAGAGCAAGAAUUCUGUUCAGGAAAGUGAACCAGAACAAGACUCUUUUUUGUCUUCAACAGGUGAGAGUGCCAUAGAUGAUCAGACAAAUGACUGGGGUUAUGAUACCGAUUAUAUAUCUGAUGAAGUUAUUCAGAAGGUAGCAGAAACUCUUGAAGAACAUUUAGAUUCACAGUGCGGUGUUUUUCCUAAUGAGAAAUUUCAAAUUGAAUCAAAGAGUAAGAAACAGCUAUCUAAAGUACCUAUGGCUGAAGAUCUUUCAUUAUGUUUAAGAAAGGUAGACAAACCUCGUAUUUGUAUUUCUGGGGAUCUUAUUGAAGAGCACACUAAAAAUGUAGAUGAGAAGGAGGAAAAAGAAUCUACAUCCACUCUUCCAGUGUCACCUAAUUUAAAUGUUGAAAUUUCCUCUGAAGAGUCAGGUGAACAGUAUUCUCCUCAGUCUCUUUCCAGUCCAAAACUUAGAAGACCAUCACUUUCUAAAAAUUCAAAGAAAACCAAUGUUAAUCCCCCAAGAAGGCAAAACAAAAAAAUGAAUCAAGCUAGUCCCAAAAAGAUACUUUGUAGAACAAUGCCUGCUGUGAUUCCUCCAAAGAAAUUUCGCCAGUGUCCUGAACCAACUUCAACUGCUGAAAAACUGGGUUUGAAAAAGAGGCCUCGAAAAGCAUUUGACUUGUCCCAGAGAUCUUUAGAUUAUGUAGUAAAGUUACGUGACCAUGGAAAAACUGCAGGUGAAGUUGAUAUUCAGCAAAAGAAGAAGACAAAGUUAAUUACUCCCCAGACUCUGGUUGUCAAAAAUAACAAGAAAAUGUUGGCAUGUCAAGAUCUUCAGUUUUUAAGACAGAUAAGACCCAAAUCCCACAAAAACCAACAAGGACGUUCUGCCACUCAUAGUAAAGAUUCUUCUCCAAAGGCAAUUACAAAACCAGUCCAGAAUUCUGAAACUAUUAUUCAAGCAUCUUCUGGACCCAGUGACAAUUUUAAAGAAAAAAACAAGCUAGCCCCAGGCACUGAUAAAAAGCAUCAAAGAAAAAGCUCAUUUUCUGAGACAGAAACAGUUAAAGCAAAAAGUCUAUCACCGGUUGCUAAUAAUAGUCCUCUUUCUACCAAACAAAGUUGUGCAGAAUUAAAUGUUAGAGCAGAAACAAAUGGAACCACUGUCUCUACUUCAAAGAGCCCUUUAUCCAACUCAUCUUCUGUUGGAGGUGACCUAACAGGGGUUGUCCAACCCUUAUCUUGUUUUCAUUCUGAGGGAACAGCUUCUAGAGAGGCAGACUCUGAUGUUAACAGUGAUACAGAGGAAAAUAAUUUGUUUUUAACACAACAUGAUCCUGUAGAUAUGGAAUUAAGUUCACAGGUAGAGAGUUUUCAUGACCUUGAAAUUCCUAUUGGAAAAGAUAGAAUGGAGGAAGAUUCUGAAAACCUCACUGGGGACAGGGCUUUGAGUAGUAUAAAGUGUAAGCACAAAGAUUGUACUGAUGUUGUGGAAAAUCUGAAUGAAUAUUGCUCUAUACAUUCUGAAGCUAAAGUAUCUGAUGACUAUGUUUUUGCUAAACCAGGCUUACCACUUUCACUGUCUAACAAAACUGUAAAGUCUACUACUAAGAUUUUUAGUUCAAGUAGUAAUUCACGAAAUGCUCAUCUUUCUAGAGCUAUAGAAAAUAGUUUAAAACUCCCACCAGCUUCAAAAAAUCAAACAAAUUUGAGAACCACAACCACGUCAAAAUUAAUGCAACCAGUUUCUCCAUUAGUUCACAAGCCAGUUUUGAAUGAUGAGGGGAAAAAUUUGUCUAACAUUCUUCAACCACAGAAAAUGCAGACUUCUCCAAAUUAUUUCAACAGACCUGCUCCACCAAGUCCCCUUGAGAAGAAAAGAACUUUUCAAACUUCCUCUGCAAAUUUUCCUGUGCAGCAAUCUGUAUUUGACAGCUUUGUUAAGGAGAUUUUAAAAUGGAAGUAUGAAAUGUUUGUAAAUUUCGAUCAGUUUGGACCUCCAGCAGAUCUUUGCCAGUCCACCUUAAGAUCUGUUCCUGUCACAUUUCAGGACUGUCAAGACUAUCUAAAUGUUUUUUUCCCUUUGCUGAUGUUGAAUACUUUUGAAACAGUGGCCCAAGAAUGGAUUGACAACCCAAAGAAAGAGAAUGCCUAUGAGCUCCAUUUACGAAGCUUUUCUCCUGGUGACAUAAAUUGUGGGCAGUUUGUGGUUUGUCUUCAGGAGUGUGAUAUGACUAAACAACUACAUCCAAAGGAAAAUGACUUGGUAUUUUUGGUUCCUAAAAAAUUAAAUGGAAAAAAAAAAGCUGCUGCAGAAGAAAGUGAGAUGAAAGAUCAACAAGUGUAUCAUUGUGGUUACGUAUCUCAGUUUCGACGCUCUUCAGUCAGACAUAAUUCACAAUUUGAGGGUUGCCUUUCCAUCCAGACUCAAGGCAAUUUGUCAUUCCACAUAAAUGAAUCAGUAGACUGUAUUGUGAUCAGUUCUUUGGUGACUACACAACGGAAGUUGAAAGCCUUGUCUCUUUUGGGGCGGAAUUCACUGAUUCCACUGGCCAGGGCAAUUCUGAACCCAAGUACUUCAGACUUUUGUCCUCGAGAUUCACUGAACAUGGCUCCUGAGAGGAUUCUUGCCUACCUGAAAGACUAUAAUGAAGAUCAAAAAAAAGCAAUUGAAGUUGCAUAUGCCAUGGUAAAGCAACCACCAUUAAUUGCCAAAAUCUGUCUGAUUCAUGGACCUCCUGGAACUGGCAAAUCAAAAACUAUUGUUGGCCUAUUGUAUCGUAUUCUGACAGAGAAACCAAGGAAAGGAGAUUCAGAUGAAAACUUGAAUGCCAAAAUCAAACGAAAUCGUGUUCUUGUAUGUGCACCCUCUAAUGCAGCUGUUGAUGAACUUAUGAAAAAAAUCAUCCUUGAAUUUAAAGAAAAAUGCCAAGACAAGAAGAAUCCCUUGGGAAAUUGUGGAGAUAUAAAUUUAGUGCGACUGGGUCCAGAAAAAUCUAUUAAUAAUGAAGUCCUAAAAUUCAGCUUGGAUAGCCAAGUUAACCACAGAAUGAAAAAGGACUUGCCCAGUCAUGUUCAAGAGAUGCAUGAGAGAAAGGAACAUCUGGAUAUUAAAUUAGACAAGCUUUCUCGCCAGCGUGCUUUGGAUCGAUGUGAAAAGGGGCAAAAGAGAUCAAAUUUAGAUGAGGAAAUUGCCCGAAUUUCCAAAGAAAGGCAGCAGCUCGCUUCUAAAAUUAAAGAGGUUCGAGGACGGCCACAGGAAACUCAGAGUAGCAUUAUUCUGGAGUCCCAUAUCAUUUGUUGUACACUGAGCACAAGUGGUGGUUUGCUGCUGGAGUCUGCUUUUCGUAGGCAAGGAGGUGUUCCCUUCAGUUGUGUCAUUGUUGAUGAGGCUGGGCAGUCUUGUGAGAUUGAGACACUUACUCCAUUUAUCCAUCGCUGCAACAAACUUAUUCUGGUUGGAGAUCCUAAGCAGCUUCCUCCCACAGUCAUUUCUGUGAAAGCACAGGAGUAUGGCUAUGACCAGUCAAUGAUGGCUCGAUUAUACAAACACCUGGAAGAACAGGUGAAACAGAAUGUGAUCAGUAGAUCACCUGUUUUGCAGCUGACAGUUCAAUACAGGAUGCAUCCUGAUAUAUGUCUCUUCCCAUCUAGUUAUAUUUAUAACAGAACUUUGAAAACAAACAGAUUGACUGAAGAGAGCCGAUGUACAUCAGACUGGCCGUUCCAGCCUUACCUUGUGUUUGAUGUAGAAGAUGGUUCAGAGAAACGGGAAAAUGACUCAUAUGUUAAUGUCCAAGAAAUAAAACUAGUAGUGGAAUUAAUUAAGCUGAUCAAAGACAAAAGAAAGGAUAUUACUGUACGUAACAUCGGUAUAAUCACACAUUACAAAGCACAAAAGAUGAUGAUUCAACAGGAAUUGGACAAAGAAUUUGAAAGAAACAGGCCAGGGGAAGUUGACACUGUGGAUGCAUUCCAGGGUCGUCAGAAGGAUUGCAUUAUUGUUACAUGUGUCAGAGCAAAUACUUCACAAGGCUCAAUUGGGUUUCUGGCAAGUUUGCAAAGAUUGAAUGUAACCAUUACUCGAGCCAAAUACAGUCUGUUUAUCCUUGGACAUUUGAAGACAUUAAUGGAAAACCAUCAUUGGAAUGAGCUGAUUCAAGAUGCUCAGAAACGAGGUGCCAUUAUUAGGACCUGUGUCAGGAAUUAUAAGUGUGAUGCAGUGAAAAUUUUGAAACUCAAAUCUGUGCCACAGCGAACCCUACCACACCCUCCUACUGUAAUGCCAGAAGUCACUAGAUCCCAGAAUAGCUUACCCAUCAAUAAGCCAAAAGAAGUGAUGAAUAAACCUGACAAUGGUAUUUCUAAGACCACUUCUGUUGCUUCUCCACGGCGCAGCAGCACUUCCUUGUUACCCGCUGACAUUCAACCCCUUGACUGCAGGGAAGCUGCAGUUGUUACAAAAGCUACUGAAGUACCUGUUGUCCGGGACCCAAGACUAGCCAAGAGAAAUGAGCGUGAUGCCACUGAGAAGUUCCCAAGUGAUACACAACCAUCCAGUAGCCAGCAUCCAAGAGUGACAGCACCUUCAUGUGAACCUGGCCUUCCUUUAACUCACCAGGACCCCCCCAGUAAUAUCAUACAGCACCUUUUUUCAAAAGGAACAGCUUCCAACAGUUGCAACCUUACAGCACAACUUGAAGCUCCCUCUGCAAGUACCUCCAUGCACACAAUGAAAAGAAAAGCCAGUGAAGAGGAAGGGUCUGGCUAUGGAAGAGAAGUGACAUCUUCUAGAGAAGGACAACAAGAAAACCAUGGGUAUAGAAAAGACUAUCAUUUAGACAGGGACUAUUGCUUGGACAGGAGGAGAAAAGAACACCAGGACAAUGAUUCAAAAAGAAAAAAACUUUCAUAGCUGAGGUCUUGAGUCUCAGUGACAGGCAACAUUUACCAAAAAAAAAUAUUUAUUAUAAGAAAUGCAGCUUUGGGUGCUCAGUUAAUAAGAAUAGAGAUGUUAAAUUUAUUUUUAAAUUUGGGGCCAUUCAUUUCCCCCAGAACAUGGAAGAUUGUAUACUCUCAUUUAAACUUAUUUUCUAUUGGUAAUCUUUACAAAUGAGUAUGUUUUUCUGUCUCGGAUUUCAGAGGACCUUUGUGCAUUAAUGAUAGUAUCCUUAGAGCCAGAUAAAUGAAAUGUUGUUCUGUUGUUCUUCCUUUUUAGAAAAGGAAACCAGACUUGGACAAAUAUUGUAAAUGUAGAGAUGUACAUUUGUAUAGGAAACAACAAAACCUUUUUAAGAUUUAAUCUAGUUGAUUUUUUGCCUUUUCUUUCUCCCUAGCCCAAAAUGUUUGAUCACUUUUCAGCAGAGCAAACUCAUCUUUAAAAGUGGGGGUCAAGGGGAGGGGCACCUCUAGUGCUGUCGUAAGCCUGAUUUCUUUCACAACAUAAGUUGUUUGGAAAAAGCUGAGUUGGUGAUAGUGGGUCAGAUGUCUCUAGUUCUAUUUUAAAAGCUGACUGGCCUCAUGGGGAAGCUUUGGGGAAAGCAUUUGGUUUAUAUGGAAUUCUGCUUAUCUUGUACAUUUUUAAACAAGGCUCUUUUGCACAAGAUGUUUGGUUUCUACAAGGGCUCAUCCACCUGUUUUUACUAAACCCAUAACCACCCCAAAUUUUCUCUUUCUUGGCAGUAUUACACAACUAUCCUCGAAGCAGUGAGAUAGUAUAGAUUGAAGGUAAUGCUUUAAACAGGGAAUAAAUGGUAGAAGUGGAUGAUCUCAGAACAUUGUUAAAAACCACAAGAGAAAUAAAAAGAAACUGAAUACUUCCCUCCUUCUAACUGGAAUAGUUUAUAAGGUGAUUGGGGGUUUGGAAGAGCUGGCAAAUUUCCCACAUUUUUUAAAAACUGUAUAAUUUUGAUGAAUGUAUACUGCUAUUUUGGUUUCUGUGAUGGUGCAGAAAGUAAAAGCAAAGGUUCAAAUGCGGCCUCAGACACAUAACAUUUACUAGCUGUGUGACCCUGGGCAAGUCACUUAACCCCAAUUGCCUCACCAAAAAAAAAAAAAAAAAAGAUUUCUUUUAUUUAAGCAGGUUUUUAACUUUGUGCUCCCCCUUGGUUUCAUUUUCCUUCCUUUCUGUUAUGGGAAUUUCUUCUAAACAAAGGCCUACUUAGAAUGAGUUAUCAAAGUUUUAUGAGGAAAACACCCACAUUAUUUUUAUCAUAAUUGUAAAGAGGCACCUUGUGGGGGAAAGCCUUGGUGCAGGGAAUGAUUCUUUUAAGAAAGUUAAGAAAAAACUACCUGAUUUAGGCCACAGAUUUAUAUAUACAUACUUACGUACAUAUGUAUAUACAUACACACACAUAUACAUCCAUACUUUAAGGUACAAUAAUAAGUAAAUUACAUUAGUAGCGAAAAAAAUGGAACAAUUGUUUAAAGUGUUUCUUCACAAACGUAUUUCUAAAAAUAGAGGGGUAUUGAGAGAGUGUAGAAAAGAGAGGAAUUUUUCCUAUUACAUUUGAAAUUUUGCACUACUACCUGCACUUUAAGCAAAAAGGACAAGUUCUAUAUUUGGGCUUCUUGAAAAAAUCUUCCUGUGCAGAAUGUUUGCAGUCAUCUCAUGGGCCAUGUUUAAUUCUUAAGCCACUCUGUUGCAUUUUUCCAAAUUGGCAGUGCAAUUCCUCUUGAUAUUGCAUGCAUCUUUCAUGUUGGUUUCCAGAUAUCUAAGUAAGUUGUGGAAUGAAAGUACCUCUAACAGUAGCAGCUUCUUUGAUCUUAUGGUGCCUACAUAUUCAGAAUGUGUCUCUUUUGCCUAUGGACCAAAGGAAGAAUGGCAAUAGGAUUCAGGUUGGGGGCGGCAGGAGACAAGUACACCCAUUGUGUGGGUUUCACAACAUUAGAUAACAGCUUUUAUUAUACAUCUUUGUCAGGGAAUUUUAUGAAUUUGUAAGUCCCAACAUCUUUUUUUUUUGUGUGUGUGUAAAUGUGUGUUAGUGCUUUCAGUCUGGGCUUCUUGCUGCCAGUGAACUUGACUAAGAAGGGAUGAAGAGAGGAAAUAUGAAAGAUUUCUAAGAUUUCAAAUGAAAUAGUGCAACAUCUUUGUUUUGGGCUUGGUUAGUCCUCCUCAUCUCUCUUUAUGUUUACAUGUGGAUUGUGAAUGAACUUUUCCCCAAAAUUUAGGAUUUAUUGCCAUAUGCUCAAUUGCUCUACAAAUAGGUGUUUUCAGUUGAGUGUAUGCACUCAUACUGAUUAUGUUCCUUUGUUUUCCAGUUAAUAAAUAGCAAUGUCUCCUUCCUGGAGACUAAUGAUAUAAAUACUACAGAAAUAAUAAAGAUAUAAGUGAGAGUUCUAUGGCAUUAAAAGGAGUAUAUCGGAAAAGACAAUGAUGUUAAACAAGACAUAUCCAAAAAAUGAAAAAUAGAUAAAAGGAUAAUGAGGACAUUUUGCCUAUAGAAUAAAUGGCAUCUGUACUUUGAGCCAAUUCACUUAUUCAAAUAGACUUUAGGUACCAUGUUGUAAAGCUUAGAUUUGUUCUAACUAUUCCCUUUCCACAUUGGUUAUGUUGCUACCAGUAGGAGAGCUAAAGUUAAUGAGCAGCUUGUGCAUAAUUCUUCUGAUGAAUGAAAUUAUAUACUAAAAGAGAUUCUUUUAGCAGAAUGGCCAUGUAUCAGAUAAGUAAAUUGAAUCUUCAUUUGGCUUUCUGUUCAGCAAAAUGAUUUUAAGCCACUUUAGUUUGGGGAUUAACCUAGCCAUUCUGGACAUGGCAAGCAAUGAAUUAUUUUGUUGAAUAGUAGUUGGUGAGUUUAUGUGAAGGUGGAGAAAUAAAACUUUUCUUUCUCCUUUCCUUGACAUUUAACCAAAAUGCCCAGCCUCUUGCAAGUAUAAUUUUUGUAUUUUUCACAUGCUUUAUAUUUUUCUUUACUUUUGACUUACCAAGCACAAACACAGUACGUCAGAGCUGGAAGGGAGUUUAGGGGUCAUAUGGUUCAACCCUCUCAUUUUACAGAGGAUAAAAUUGAAGUUGAGAAAGGUUAAAUUGCCCAAGGUCACGAAACAGAGCCAGCACUUGAAUCCAUGUCUCUUGGCUCCAAAUCUAUUGCGUUUUCUUUUCUACCUCAUUACCAUCUAUUUUCUAGAUAACAACCAAGAGGCUCAGAGAUAGUCUGGGGAAGUUAAUUUCUUUGCACAUCCUAUUAGAAACUAACUCCAUCAACUCUUUCUCCCCCCCUUUGGCAGGAGUGGAGGGAGUGGAAAUGGCAUUACAAGAACCUAUGAGCAGUUCUUCCAGUUACUUGUAACUUCAUUAUAUUUUCUGGUUUCAUUUAUAGCGAGAAUGUCAAUAUUGAUGUAGUUCAGUCCUUUCAGUAGUUUUACUGCUAAUUGGUUGGACAAGAAUCACAUUUAGGGUACAAAAACUUAAAUUACUAUUAAUACAGUCCAAAAUUAUUGGAUCACUGAGACAUUUCAGCACCUUUCCACCACUUUACAACAGAUACAGUAGUGUGGUGGUCCCCAGGACUGAAGACUAUUUUGUAUUUUUCUUUGUUUCAUGUGUUGCCAUAGUCAAUUAACCCACUAGUAAUCAGUCUACUUGUGAUAAGGGUAUAUUUAUUUAGCUAGGGUGAACAACACACAUUAUGUUGCUAGCACCAUAUUCAAAGCCUUUGUACCUUGAUAGUACCUCCGUAGUGGUGUAGCCUUUGAGAAUUUAGGGUACCCUCACCUCCAUCUCACUGUGAGAUUUUGGAGUUGGACUUUUGAGGAUUCUGUUUCAUUGGGUACUCAAAGGCAACAAGAAACAUCAUUUCAUGGGUCACGUUAUUAUCUUGCCUUGUAGUGCUCAUGAUAAAUACAAAAAAGACCACCAUAAAGACCAUUGCAGCUUAUGUAUUAUUUUUUUGCACUGGGUGAUGAGGUAGAGAAAAUCUAUAAAGAAUUCAACAAUAUUCUCCGAACUAAGUCAACAUUUUUAAUACUUUAACAAUUUCAAUGCAAAGGUGAGCAUGGAGUGAAUGGUAAAAAAUACAUUGGAAAUGAUGGUUCCAAAUUAGGAAAUGUGAGUCCAAAGGCUAUACAGAAACCUCAAGCCUAUCUAACACGAAUAGCUUAAGAAGAGAAUUUGGAGAUAUUAGCCAUGGUGAACACUGAACAUCACAAAAGUGUAAUUUGAUAAAUUUAAUAGAUGAGAGUCAAUAUAGCAUAGCAGAGAGAGCUGGCCUCAAAACCAGGAAGACAUAGUUUUAAGUACUAUCUCUGACAAUACCAGCAGUGUGACUGGGCAAAUCAUUUAACCACUCAGUGCUCUAGGCAGAUAUCAGACUAAUUUGCAAAGAAGAUUCUAAUUUUUAUUGGUGGAGGAAAUUUCCUAAACUAAUAAAAUUACAGGUCCAGUCUCUAGAUCCUAUCCUUAAUAGACAGGAAAUGAUUGGUUACUAAUAUAGGAAUUGGUUUCCAGUCAGCUUUUUCUUUGUAGUCAGAGCAUUGACUCUUUAUCCACUAAAGGUCAAAAUGGACCAAAUUAGAAGAAAAGAUCAAGAUGAGAAGAAAAUAUGUGCCACUGCAACAUUUUCAACUUGGCUUAUUCAAAAAAGCUACUGACUGGUAAAAAUAGGAACUGGAUAAAGGAAAAGACAUUAAUAUGGACUGUGACCAUUUUCCAUGUGAGUUUAACCAAUAAAAAUGAACUGCCACAACUACAAGGCUAAAAGAGCACAGAAAGUACCAUGGUCAGCAAACACUGUCCUUGUGGAGCAGAGAGACAUGGCAACUGAGAGCAGUGUCAAUAUGGAAUGUAAAUUUAUUUUGCAUUAUCUUGAGGAGGAGGAGGGUAGGAGAUUAUGAAUGGUAUGAACUCGGCAGUAGAGGGAAAAACACAUUUGAAGAAAACUUGGUGUGAGACCAAAUUAAGCCAACAUACACCUAUAUGUGUACAUAUUGUUUCCCCUGAUAGAAUGUAAGCUCCUUGUGGGCAGGGACUGUUUAACCUCUGUUGCAUCCCCUGCACCUACUAGGCACAUGCUUAAUAGGUGCUUAAUAAAUACUUAUUUAUUUGAUUUGA